ACCCAAUUCAAUCCGCCCGGUUCCAAGGUUCCCUAGGUUGCCGAUAGACUUUCGGCAACCGCUGAGAGUUGGCCUAGGGUAGAAUUGCUUUUGGUUGACAGUUUGUCAUGUCAAUAGAGUGUACACUAAUUGACAGUGACAGCGACAGUACGGUAUGGUACGUAGAGAAAAAGGGGUCAUUAUCCCCUUCACCUUACCCCGGAGGGAAAGGCAACAUUUUAAUAUCAUCGAUAUGAUGGUGUCCUGCAUGAGACCUGGAGAGGAAAACGAGACACCAGCAAAAUUGCGGUCAAAAAUGGCCAACUCUCUUUCCCCAAAGGGAAGGGAAGGACAGAACUUGAGUGGCCCACUGUAUGCGCGUUGGUGGUCGGGCGACUUGACUUUUGCGGGAUCAGGGGGCGACGAUCGUGUUGACGGCCGAGAAGAGAUAUGGGAUAACUGAACCAUGAAACUAUUGAGUGAGAGCCAUGGUCUCGGUCUGCGCAAAUAUUCGGACACACAAAUACAAGACAAAGCCAAAACUCCGGGGGUCUACGGUGUUUUGUAUCAGGGUGUUCGCC